AUGUGGACACUUCAAUGGCUGCAGUGGCCUAUAUGGUCCUCGAUCUGGCACUUCAUCUCGAGUAUUUCCAGUUGUGCGUUCUGGCCACGACGCCUAUCCCUCUCAUUUUCAACAACAAAAAAGGGAGGCCAGGAAUCCGGUGAUGAAGAGCCACUGCAAUCUAGUGUCGCCCGGUCUUCCGAAGAUGACUCUCACAAGAUUACUAUUCGACAAGCUACCCACCCGGAUAAUCACCAGCUCUUGAUUAUCGGAAUCUUCGCUGAAGUAUACCUUCUGGACAACAAGAUCAUCAGAAAGGUCCCUCGGAGUGAGAGUGAAGAAGACAUGCAACCGAUUAUCCGCGAAGCCAUGGUUUACGACAUUCUGGGCGUUCACCCACGGAUCGCUGAAUGGCUCUCCAGAGGAUCCGACUACAUCGACAUCAAAUACUAUCGCCACGGCGACCUUGCGAAUUACUGUCAGAAACACACAAUCACCGCCGAACUGCGAUCCAGAUGGUUCCAGCAGAUCCUAGAAGCUAUCGUCGUUAUUCACAGCCACGGCGUCAUUCGUUCUGACCUAGCACUGCGGCAGUUUUUCCUCGAUGAUAAAUUAAAUGUACGACUCGGCGACUUCAAUUCUUCUCAGCUCCCAGGUCACCCCGCACUCGGCUACGAAAAAGCGUCUCACUGCCUACCACGAGAUUACCAUCUUCCUAACACUGAGGCUUCCGACAUCUUUGCUCUGGGGUCUACGCUAUACGAGUUGGUUGCUGGUAGAUCCCCGUACAGCGAACUUGUGGGACCCAUGUCGGAUGAUCCGGAUGUCAUUGAAGCACAAAUGCUACGGCAGCACGAAGUGGACCGUGAGAUUGAACUGCGAUACAAAAACCAUCUUUUUCCUGAUGUGUCUGACCUUUUCGGUGGGAACGUCAUAUUGGGUUGCUGGAGGGGGGACUUUUCGAACGCAAAGGAAGCACUUGAUCUGUACAUGAACGGUUAA